AUGCAAGCUCAGUGUCGUCUGAGUGAGUCGUCUCAGAGGUUGGAUCUGCUGAGAGAUUCACUAGAUCGGCGGUUAGCAGAACUUCCUGAGGAUCAUCCAAAAGCAUCUGUUAUCAAAGAAGAGCUGGCGUUAGCCUCCUCACCAGCAUUCAACUCUCGACACGGCGCCCCCUAUGUGCACAACCAGUACAGCACACUCUCCAAACCCUCUCCCCUCACUGGCACUCUUCAGGUCACACUGUUGGGCUGUAUGGGUGUGCUAGAGGUCGUUCCCGGACGUUCACGCGGCAGUCCGGUAGUAUUGCCAUGUCACAGUCCGGGAGAAGGACGGUCCUUUAUGCGGAGUGGAAAAGGCCUGUACAGUCGCAGUGGCAGUGUUAGCGGAAAAAACCCCCCCAAAACAGAUGAACUCUCCACGGAGGUGAGCGCAGUACUGAAGCUGGAUAACACAGUCGUGGGUCAAACAUGGAAGAUGGUUGGAGAACAGGGCUAUCAGACCUUCACCGUAGAGCUGGAGCGAUCCAGAGAGAUGGAGAUCGCAGUGUACUGGAGAGAUUACCGAUCUCUGUGUGCGCUCAAAUUUCUCAAGUUGGAGGAUUUCCUGGACAACCAGAAACACAGAGUACAACUAGAACUAGAGCCACAGGGACUGCUGCUUGCAGAGGUUACCUUCUUUAACCCCGUGAUCGAGAGGGUUCCUCGGCUAAAACGGCAGAAGAAAGUUUUCUCCAAACAACAGGGAAAAGCCUUCUUGCGAGCUCGGCAGAUGAACGUUGAUAUCGGCACAUGGGUGAGGUUACUGAGGAAUGCCAUACCAACCGUCAACAACACAGGAACCUACAGCCCUCACGCACACACUGUACAGACAGGGGAGAUAUCGGUGGAGAAGUUGAGUUUAGACUAUGACUCACCGAUGAAGGUGGACAUUCGUCGAGAUGUGCCGGAUGCAAGCACUCCAGAACGGCAGCCGGCCACUGAACCCGUCUCUGCUCCGGACCACACCACCCCUGAACGCCAAACCAGAACACCUUCACUGAGCAGUAAACAGAAGAAGACUCCUUUGAGCCUGCAGGACUUCCGACUAAUAGCUGUUCUUGGCAGAGGCCAUUUUGGAAAGGUGCUGUUGACGGAAUACAAGAAGUCAGGCAAUAUGUACGCCAUUAAAGCCCUGAAGAAAGGAGACAUUGUGGCCAGAGAUGAAGUAGAAAGUUUGAUGUGUGAGAAGCGCAUUUUCGAGACGGUGAACAGUGCGCAGCACCCCUUCCUCGUGAACCUGUUUGCGUGUUUCCAGACCCCAGAACAUGUGUGUUUUGUCAUGGAGUACACGGCAGGUGGCGAUCUAAUGAUGCACAUACACGCAGACGUCUUCACCGAGCCACGAGCUGUGUUUUAUGCUGCUUGUGUAGUUUUAGGGCUUCAGUUUUUACAUGACAACAAGAUUGUGUACCGAGAUCUUAAAUUGGACAACUUGCUGCUUGACACAGAGGGUUACGUGAAGAUCGCCGACUUUGGAUUGUGUAAAGAAGGGAUGGGUUUUGGGGACCGGACCAGUACGUUCUGUGGGACUCCAGAGUUUCUGGCUCCAGAGGUCCUGACAGACACGUCGUACACGCGGGCCGUGGACUGGUGGGGGCUCGGAGUGCUUAUAUAUGAGAUGUUGGUGGGAGAGUCUCCGUUUCCAGGUGAUGAUGAAGAGGAGGUUUUUGACAGCAUAGUGAAUGAUGAAGUUCGUUAUCCACGGUUCCUUUCCUCAGAGGCCAUUGGCAUCAUGAGGAGGUUACUAAGGAGAAAUCCCGAAAGACGACUGGGUUCCAGUGAGAAGGAUGCAGAGGAUGUAAAGAAACAGCCUUUCUUUAGGAAUAUGGACUGGGAGGCUCUUCUCCUCCGUAAACUCCCUCCUCCUUUCCUUCCGACUAUCGGGAACAAAGAAGACGUCAGCAACUUCGACGAGGAAUUCACGACAGAAGCGCCGGCCCUCACGCCGCCUCGUGAACCCCGGGUGCUCUCGCGCAGGGAUCAGGACAGCUUCCGUGAUUUUGACUAUGUCUCUGACCUCUGCUGAGAGCGUCUUCACUGUGAUUGUGCCGUAGUGAGACCUUUCUGCUCCGCGACUCAGCGACGACGAGGAUGUUUCGUGUGAAUUAUGAAUGUGCUGGACCUGUGAACACUGUGAUGGAAGAAAGAGGAGGCCAAAAAACUGUUAACCAGCAGGUUUAAAGGUGCAUUUGAUCAUUUUUUGCGCUUCAACUCACCCAGUGGUUUGGAUAAAGCAUCACACUAAAGUAGUCAGUUACUGAUGCAAUCAUAGAAACGCAUUUUCAGAGUCAUUUAUUCAGCUAAUAAAAGUGUCCAAUAACAAAUGUGUUACUGAAAGGAGUGAGCAGCUUUGGCAUGGUCAUGUGAUCUCAAAAUAGAGAUCACAUGCUCCUUCAAAGGGCCCUCUUCAUGUAGAAUAAUACAGUCUUCAUCUCAUGUGAACGGUCAUACUUUUAAAAUCUAUUUAGAAGUACUGUCUAUUUCUUUAGGGCUAAAACAGUUUAUAUAUAUAUAUAUAUAUAAAGUAAAAAAUGAUUGAGUGCACCGAUAAACUUUUUGGUUUGUCUUCAAGUGUCAUUUAUACUUUUGAAAAAUGCGCUUUGUCUUAAUAAAGGCAAUGUUUAGGUAAAUUUUAAAACUUGAAACAACUCAAUAAAGGUCACACAGAAGCAUCUUAGUGAACUUUUGUAAAAGAUACAACCAAGAGCCUGUUGGGAAAUGCAUUUCUGUGUUUCUUCUCACAUUUAAGGAAAAAUGACCUUUGAUGACCACACAGGACCACCUUCCGUUUCUCAUAUGGUGUCCAUUCAAACAGGAGUAAAUUCCCUAAGGAACUGGUUUAAGAGACGCUUUUCUGUAGAUGCUGUGACGUUAGAUGAAUGCAGAAUUAUUGAAUUAGGCUCGAACAUUAAUGAAUGUGUACAUCCUCUUGGAGUUCUCGGUGGUUAAGGAGUUAAAUCAUCUUUAGACUUGUACAUCCUGGGUAUUUCUCAUACAUUCUCAAGCCCUUCAUCUCUUACAUGUUACAUGUGAAUAUCAAAUAUAGAAGACAGCUUGGUCUCCAUUCAUUAAGUGCACUUUUAGUAUUGUAACCUUAAUGAAUUUUUACAAAAACAAACCUUGUAUGUAAAGUUGGUUUGAAGAAAAAAUGCCUUAAUAUUG